UUCUCUUCGCUUGCAGUAAGUCUGAUCGAUACGGAUGCGCAGCGCGUGCACGGCUGAUCAAACACAUCUGUGCUCUCGAGCUCCACAUCAUCUGCUGCCUGUUACCGCACAAACUUCCUCUGAAUCAGUUGGGCCUGUGAUGCUGUAGUGUGUUAAGCCAGGACCUCGCUUGAGUUCUCAUCCCUAGAAUGAGCUCCUCCCCUAUGCCAGUCCCCGAGCCAGCCUCCCCUACCCUGCAGCAGGAGCAGGACUCUGGCAAGGCCAGUCGAGGGGACUCACCUCCCCUUUCCUCCUCUGUCUACUCCUAUCCGCUCUGCAACCAGACCAUCUGCAUUCCAUCUCCCUAUGUGGAGGCCAGUCAGGAUUACUCACCACCACAUGGGGGAGAGUUCAACCACGGAGCCCUAACACUCUACAGCCCAAUGUCCUCCACAGCGCUAGGGUACACACAUCCUCCUGUGUCCGAAAGCCUGGUCCCACUCAGUCCGACAAUCUUCUGGCCUCCCCACACCACACACACUGCGAUCUCUCUACACUGCCCGCAUCCACUGAAUUACAGCGAAAUUCACGCUCACAAUGGAUGGGAAGACGCCAAGACAAUCAGCCUUAACCCAAGCAGUUCUGUCCUUGCUCAUGCAAAGUUGUUAGGGCAGCAACUGGAAGUUGAUGAUGGCUUGAAUCCUUUGCCAGGGAUUGUGAGUAAAGGAGACACACACUUCUGUGCUGUGUGUCAUGACUACGCUUCUGGGUAUCACUAUGGUGUCUGGUCAUGUGAGGGGUGCAAGGCUUUCUUCAAACGGAGCAUUCAAGGACACAAUGACUAUAUUUGUCCAGCCACCAACCAGUGCACUAUCGACAAGAGCAGACGCAAGAGCUGCCAGGCCUGUCGACUGCGCAAGUGCUAUGAAGUGGGCAUGAUGAAGUGUGGUGUAAGGCGGGAACGCUGCAGUUACCGUGGUGCUUGUCAUCGGCGUACCACCCAGAUCAGAGACAGCUCUGGUGGAGCAUUAGGGGUCAAAGGUCGCUCCCAGCAUCAUCUAGAAUUUCCCCUCAACAACCCUCAUCACCUUUUCCCUUCAGGGGGCGAAGCUGAGCAGCGUGGCCUAAACCUCUCCCCUGAGCAGUUGGUAAACCGUAUUGUGGAGGCGGAGCCUCCUCAGAUUUACCUGCAAGAUCCAGUAAAGAAGCCGUAUACAGAGGCCAGCAUGAUGAUGUCACUAACCAGCCUCGCUGACAAGGAGCUGGUGCUCAUGAUCAGCUGGGCUAAGAAGAUACCAGGUUUUGUGGAGCUGAGUUUGUCAGAUCAGGUGCAUCUGUUGGAAUGCUGCUGGCUGGAUAUUCUUAUGUUGGGAUUAAUGUGGAGAUCUGUGGAUCAUCCCGGGAAACUCAUCUUCUCACCAGACCUCAAACUCAACCGGGAUGAGGGCAACUGUGUUGAAGGCAUCAUGGAAAUCUUUGACAUGCUGCUGGCCACCACCUCCAGAUUCAGAGAACUGAAGCUGCAAAGAGAGGAAUACGUCUGUCUCAAAGCCGUAAUCCUUCUAAACUCCAAUAACUGUUCAAGCUCACCACAGACCCCUGAUGAUGUGGAGAGUCGUGGGAAGGUUCUGAGGCUGCUGGACUCUGUGACUGACGCUCUGGUUUGGGCCAUUUCCAGAACCGGACUGUCCACACAGCAGCAAUCCAUUCGGCUCGCCCACCUGCUGUUGCUGCUGUCACAUAUACGACACCUCAGUAACAAAGGUAUUGAGCAUCUGUCGAGCAUGAAGAGAAAAAACGUGGUGCUUCUGUACGAUCUUCUGCUGGAGAUGCUGGACGCGAACACAUCUCAGAGCAGCCACAUGCUUCCUGCUCACGCAGACACCUUUACCCGGCCAGACACUCAACAGACCCCCGAAACCCAUCACACAUCCAGACAGCAGCCUGCACUGAAAGAGAGCAACCCAGUGAUCCUCCAGAGUUCACAAGCUGAGGAGUCAGUGGAAGAGACGUUGCAUGCUAGGCUGAACCGAGAGGACAUGGGCACAGACUGACAAUAUCCCUUUUGUUGGUUAAAAACCUCCCUGGAUCCAGAACUGGAUUCAAACCGGACUUGGCAGAAUGGAACUUUUAAUGACAAACAACAACCUGAACCAAACAGGGCUUACAUACAACUCUCAAUCCUGCUUCAACAAAACAAAAUUUGAACUGCAUUAUUUUACAUGUCAUCCCUAAAAAGGAUCCUUGAUACAAUCAUAAUACAUGCCAAGUGUUCAAUGUUCAAGAAAUCUCAUGUUCUACUGCUAAAUCUUUUUAUAGAUACAGCUGGUUCAUUUAAGGGUGAAGUGUGUAAUUCUGGCACCACUGGUGGCACAAAUCGGAAUUGCAAAAAUAAUGACUGUGUUCAAACAAGUUUCACACACUCCCCCCAUUUACCAUUGUUCAACAAAUAAGAGUCCUGCCCCAAACUCAUGCCAUUUGUUGAGCCAAUGUUGUAAUGUGAUUGUAAACGGUUUGCGAUAAUGGCACAGAAAUCACAUGAUGCACCUUUAAAUACAAUAUUUUGUUGUGUUCCUGCUCUUUAGCAAAUACACCAGUUAAGCAAUGGCAAAUGACUGCCAGUGAUGAGGUUAAGUUUAGUGUAUCAAAGAUCUCCAAAAAAUUGCUAACUCAUUUGUUCCUCUCUUUUUCUGAAGAGUGACCAAACUAUUUGCUAAAUUAAAUGGGGCUACAUAAUACAUUAUGCAUUAUCUGCGCAUUGUCUGUCUAUUUGUAAGAUGUUGGUUGUAUUUGCUGUCCUGUGGUGCUCCCUGAUUGUAAAUCUUUCGUGGUUUAUAAAGUACUUGUUCUUGACAGUAAAUGUGAGACUUGGUUAAAAUCA